UUUCAACAGGGCAUAUACAAUGAAACAUAUUUAGUGGACCCAACAGAUACAGAAGAAACUUUUUGUUCCACAAAGGCUGCAUCAGGCACGACGAACAAUCAUGGAAUUAUCGUGCAAUCUGUUCUUCCGCAGCACGGCCAGAUCUCUGAAAUGUUCGUAAUGGGCAGUAUCGAUAUAGAUAUCAUUGAACGUUCCAUGGAUAUUUUGAGCGAGAUUCACAAAGAUAUAUGUCCCUUAUUAGAGCAGUGCCUUGUAAAAACUGUGUUCAGAACGUUUCGACCAAACAGCAAAAGAACAGAUAACAAAUAAAGAAGACAUAUUUUUGAA